AUGCUGAGCUCCGGCGGGGCGCAGGCCGCGCUCGCGGCUGCCGACAGAGCCCUCCAUCGCUUCCUGCGGACCGGGACGGCGGUCAGAUACAAAGUCAUGAGGAACUGGGGUCUUAUCGGCGGUGUGGCCGCUGCCCUGGCAGCAGGCAUCUAUGUCAUUUGGGGUCCCAUUACGGACCGGAAGAAGCGAAGGAAAGGCCUGGUUCCGGGCCUCGUCAACCUGGGCAACACCUGCUUCAUGAACUCCCUGCUGCAGGGCUUGUCCGCCUGCCCGGCUUUCAUCAAAUGGCUGGAGGAGUUCACCAGCCAGUACGCUCGGGGUCAGGCAGAGCCCCCCCAACACCAGUAUUUAUCCUUAACGCUGCUGCACCUCCUAAAAGCUUUGUCCUGCCAGGAAGUCCCUGAUGAGGAGGUCUUGGAUGCAAGCUGCUUGCUGGACGUCUUAAGAAUGAACAGGUGGCAGAUCUCCUCAUUUGAAGAACAGGAUGCGCACGAGCUCUUCCACGUGCUGACCUCGUCGCUGGAGGACGAGCGGGACCGGCAGCCCCGCGCCGCACCUUUGUUCGACGUGCACUCCUUGGAGCAGCCGGUGGAGGCCGCCCCCAAACAGAUCACCUGCCGCACACCAGGGCCAGUGCCGCCCAUGGCCAGCCACUUUACAUCACCACACCCUUUCCACGGGAGACUGACCAGCAACAUGGUCUGUAAACACUGUGACCACCAGAGCCCUGUCCGGUUUGAUACCUUUGAUAGCCUCUCACUAAGUAUCCCGGCCGCCACGUGGGGUCACCCGCUGACCCUGGACCUCUGCCUGCACCACUUCAUCUCCUCGGAGUCCGUGCGGGACGUGGUGUGUGACAACUGCACGAAGGUGGAAGCAAAGGGCACCUGGGACGGGGACAAGGUGGAACACCAGAGGACGACUUUCGUCAAGCAGUUAAAACUAGGGAAGCUGCCGCAGUGCCUGUGCAUCCACCUGCAGCGCCUGAGCUGGGCCAGCCAUGGCGCGCCCCUCAAGAGGCACGAGCACGUGCAGUUCAGCGAGUUCCUGACGAUGGACGGCUACAAGUACCACCUCCGGGGACGGAGGCCCGGCCCACGCAGACCCACGCAAACAGAGGAGCCUUCCGCCGCCCCCACGGCGGCUCUGCAUCUGCCAGGGGCCCCCCCGGGACAGAUGUUCAUGAACGGCGCCUGCUCCCCAGCUUCACUGCCGGCCCUGCCCAGCCUGAGGCCCGUCCCCCUCCCUGUCAUCCCAGACUACAGCUCCUCCACCAACCUUUUCCGGCUGAUGGCAGUUGUUGUCCACCACGGAGACAUGCACUCUGGACACUUUGUGACGUACCGGCGGUCCCCACCCUCGGCCAGGAGCCCGCUCUCCACCAGUGGCCAGUGGCUGUGGAUUUCCGACGAGACGGUGCGCAAGGCCAGCCUGCAGGAAGUCCUGUCCUCCAGCGCUUACCUGCUGUUCUAUGAGCGUGUGCGCUCCAGAACGCAGCCCCAGGGCCAGGAGAACAAGUCCGCUGAGGAGUGACCGCCCAACUCCAGACCAGAGCCAACUCCCCGGGCCACCCCGCCCUUCAGGAAAAAGAAAAGGCCGGCCACUCAGACUCAGUGUCCUGCACGCAGCUCCCCUCUGGAGCCCUGCAGCCUCCCAGGGUGUGCUCACAGCAGGUGCCAGGGGGCUGGGAUACCCGAUCUCAGCACACCCACUCCUGGAAGGAGGGCCCGGGAGGUGGCAUCCUGGUGGUAGGGAAGCACCUGUGUGUCCACCUCACAGCCAUUCCAGACUUGGAUUCCAGAAGCCCUGUGUCUCCGGCUCUGUGUGGCGCUCUGUGGGAAGCCCCGCCAGCUGGCUGGCCAGCUCUCUGGGGUUUCAGUGUUACUGUUUCUGGACAAGCAGGCCCAGAUGAUGGCUGACAAGAAUCAGUGGCAUGAUUAAAGGCAGCAACCCGGAGGAAAAAGUG